GAAACAGAGACCCCUGGGCCGGACAAUGGCCCCGGUCGCUGAUAAUACCGUACUGGACGGGGACGGCCGUUGCGUACAAAUACUGGCGACGUCACCUCCCCAUCGUCCAGGAGUCUUGCCCUCCACCAAUCUCUCCCGUCACCCACACCCCUCACUCACCACUUCCCGUGCUCCCGUCGCUCAUGGCCGAACCAGAGAUCGUCCCCGUUACAAAGUGGCCGGAAUGGUCCUCCAACCCCGACGGCGGUGACCCGCUCACCCAGAAUCUCAACGCGCCCUACGACAAGGGCGACCUGGCCUGGCUGCUUGUCUGCACCAUCCUGUGCUGGCAAAUCACGCCCGCCAUCGGCUUCCUCUAUGCGGGCAUGCACCGCCGCAAGGCGGCUCUGACCAUGGUGCUGCAGUCCCUGUUCUGUGCCUGCGCCUGCGGCAUCCAGUACUGGAUCUACGGCUACAGCCUGUACCAGUCCCGAACCACCAACCCGAUCCUCGGUGAUCUCAGCCUGGCCGUCUUCAAAAAUGUCCUUGCCCAGCCCAGCCUUGCCAACAGCGACAUCCCCGACAUCUUGUAUGCUGCCUUUGGCUUCACCUUUGUCAGCGCCACCGCCAUGAUCUUGGCCGGAGCCAUGCUGGAGCGCGGCCGCCUCUUUCCCAGCAUGGUCUUCCUGCUCUGCUGGACGACGUUUGUGUAUUACUUCCUCGCAUACUGGGAGUGGAACCCUUCCGGUUGGUUGUAUAAUUUGGGCCUCUACGACUUUGCCGGUUCGGGCCCUGUCCACAUUGCGAGCGGCUUCGGCGCCCUGGCCUGGUCCAUGAUGCUGGGCCCCCGUCUGAACGAGCACGGCGUCGCCCCCACCGUCAGCGACCGCAAGUCCAAGCUUGCCCACUACAAGCCCCACAGCCCGCUCCUCAUGUGCAUCGGCACCGUCUUCAUCUGGUUCGGCUGGUUCGCCUUCAACGGCGCCAGCACCGCCAACCUGAGCCUGCGGUCCAUCUACGUCGUGGUGAACACGAACCUGGCCGCGUGCGGUGGCGGCAUCACGUGGGUCAUUCUCGAGUACCUGUACAAGAAGAAGUUCAGCCUGACGGGCUUCUGCUCGGGCAUCAUCGCGGGCCUGGUCGGCAUCACGCCUGCUGCCGGAUUUGUUCCCGUGUACGUGGCCUGCCUCGUGGGUGCCAUCACCUCGGUCUGUUCCUUUUACGUCGUCAAGUACAAGUACAUCCUCUCGGUCGACGACGGCCUCGACAUCUUUGCCAUCCACGGCAUCGGCGGUGUCGUCGGCGACAUCCUCACCGGCUUCUUCGCGGCCAGCUUCGUGCCCGCCCUCGACGGCGUGUCGGGCGCCUCGUACGAAGGUGGCUGGUGGAACCGCAACUUCCGCCAGAUGGGUCUCCAACUGGCCGGCGCCACCACCUGCGCCGCCUGGUCGUUCUUCGUCUCGUGCCUCUUGCUGUUUGUCAUCAACAAGAUUCCCGGUCUCCACAUCCGCGCCACCGAGGAGCAGGAGGUUCGCGGCCUGGACCUGAACUACCUCGAGGACCUGGACUUCGAGGACGGCCUGGGCCAUGGGUGCAUGAUUUCCGAGGGUGCUUCCCCGCACUCCAACACGCCGCCUCAGCGGGAAAUUGUCAAGGCCGAGGGCGGGGAGAAGAAGGAGUAGAGUCGGGGGGGCGAUGUGAAUGUGACAUGAUUGAUGACAGACGUUGCUGUUUUUAUUUAUUACGGAAUACGGAUACCCUGGGAUGCCCUCACGAGGCGUGUAGAUCAUAUCAUAGACCAAGCAAGGCAGGCAGAGCAAGCGGGUUGUGCAUAGUGAAGCUAUUUUGCCAAUUUCAGGA